AGAAGGUGGCGAUCACCGAUUCAGUGAUCGAUUGUGUCGCCUGGAGUUUCACAUUUGGCGCUAUCUUCUAAUCGAUGAUCGAUUUUAUUUUAGUUCCACAAAAGAUGGCGGACCGAACGCCUGGUGGCUCUCAAAAAGCUAGUGCUAAGGCGCUGCUUGAAAGCAAACUGAAGUCUUUCAGCAUUGGCAAAAUGGCAGUGGCCAAGAGGACCCUAAGCAAAAAGGAACAAGAUGAAAUAAAGAAAAAAGAGGAUGAACGGGCAGCAGCAGAGAUUUAUGAGGAGUUUCUUGCUGCCUUUGAAGGAGGAGGGGAAGGCAAAGUCAAGGCCUUUGUCCGUGGUGGUAUUGCAAAUGCAACAAAAGAGGAGGCAGCUUCUGAUGAGAAGAAAGGAAAGUUGUACAAGCCCAAGUCACGUUUUGAGACACAACCGAAAAGCAUCUUGCCUUUGGAAACCCCAUCUCAGUUUUUACCGUUAGACAAAAGACAUUCUUUGAAGAAAAGUACUGAAAAGGAAAAGAAGAAGAGCAACUUGGAGCUUUUCAAAGAAGAACUUAAACAAAUACAGGAGGAAAGGGAUGAAAGACACAAGAUGAAAGGACGUGUUAGUCGAUUCGAACCUCUCUCGGGCACGGAUGGAAGACGUUCAUCGGAUGGUUCUUCAAGAAGAAACCGUCCGUCCAGUGUUUUGGAUGAUUGUGCGCCAGGUUCCCAUGACGUUGGAGACCCAUCCACUACUAACUUGUAUCUCGGAAACAUCAAUCCACAGAUGAAUGAGGAAAUGCUGUGUCAAGAGUUUGGCCGCUAUGGCCCGCUGGCCAGUGUGAAGAUCAUGUGGCCGAGGACAGACGAGGAGAGAGCUCGAGAGAGGAACUGUGGCUUUGUGGCUUUCAUGAACAGGAGGGAUGCUGAGCGAGCGCUCAAGAACCUAAAUGGAAAGAUGAUUAUGAACUUUGAGAUGAAAUUAGGAUGGGGAAAAGGUGUGCCCAUUCCACCCCACCCCAUCUACAUCCCUCCUUCCAUGAUGGAGCACACACUCCCACCACCUCCCUCUGGCCUACCCUUCAACGCACAGCCCCGGGAGAGGCUAAAGAACCCCAAUGCUCCCCUGCUUCCUCCACCUAAAAACAAGGAGGAGUUUGAGAAGACUCUGUCGCAAGCCAUAGUCAAAGUGGUUAUCCCAACAGAAAGGAAUUUGCUCUCUCUCAUCCACCGAAUGAUCGAGUUUGUGGUGCGUGAAGGCCCAAUGUUUGAAGCCAUGAUCAUGAACAGAGAAAUCAACAAUCCCAUGUACAGGUUUCUAUUUGAGAACCAGAGUCCGGCACAUGUAUACUACCGGUGGAAGCUCUACACCAUACUACAGGGUGAAGCACCAGUCAAAUGGAAAACAGAGGACUUUAGGAUGUUUAAGAAUGGCUCUUUGUGGCGUCCGCCUCCUCUUAAUCCAUACCUCCAUGGUCCUUAUGAUGAUGGGGAGGAAGAGGAGGAAGAGGAGGAUGCGGGCAAGAAAGGCUGCUUGAAGGAAGAAGAACGGGACAAACUAGAGGAGAUGCUGCGUGGUUUGACUCCCAGGAGGGGCGACAUAGCAGAAGCCAUGUUGUUUUGUCUCAGCCACGCCGAAGCAGCUGAAGAGAUUGUGGAGUGCGUCACAGAGUCUCUCUCCAUCCUCAAAACCCCUCUUCCCAAGAAGAUUGCACGGUUAUAUCUAGUUUCUGAUGUCCUGUACAACUCUUCUGCCAAAGUAACCAAUGCGUCUUACUACAGAAAAUAUUUUGAGGCAAAGCUCUGCCAAAUUUUCUCAGAUCUCAACGCAACUUACAAAGCGAUACAGGGCCACCUUCAGAGUGAGAACUUUAAGCAAAGAGUAAUGUCAUGUUUCCGGGCAUGGGAGGACUGGGCUGUGUACCCGGACCCCUUCCUUAUCAAGCUGCAGAACAUCUUCCUGGGUCUAGUUAAUCUGUCUGCAGAGAAGGAACCCCCUGCCAUUAUUGUGGAGGCUGAGCCGGCAGAGGACAUUGAUGGGGCUCCAAUAGGGGAGUAUGUAGAUGGCAGUCUGCUGGAGGAUGUGGAUGGGGUGCCGAUUGACGCAGGGCCCAUUGAUGGGGCUCCUAUUGAUGGAGCCCCCCUGGAUGACCUCGAUGGUGUCCCUAUCAAGACCAUGGAAGAAGACAUAGAUGGAAUACCUUUGGAUCCGUCCAAGGAGGCAACCUUUAAGGUAGCACCCUCGAAAUGGGAAGCAGUGGACGAGUCUGAGUUACAAGCUCAAGCUGUGACAACUUCAAAGUGGGAGAUAUUUGAGCAGCCAGAAGAAACAAAAAAGGAUGAGGGCGACAGUGACGAUGAUGACAGGAGCCCUCGCUCAGAAGAUAAUCAAAGCUUCUCCAACCCCAUCAGAGAUGACUUGGAUAUUAAGGCCAAGAUGUCUGAAAUGAAUGAGGAGAAACGCACCAAGCUCAGAGAGAUAGAGGUUAAGGUCAUGAAGUUCCAGGAUGAGCUGGAGUCUGGGAAAAGGCCCAAAAAGCCUGGGCAGAGUAUUCAGGAGCAGGUGGAGCACUACAGGGACAAAUUACUACAAAAGGAAAAAGAAAAGGAGAAACUUGAACGGGAGAAAGAGAGGGAGAAGAAAGAGAAGGAGAAAGCUGAGACCAGGUUGAAAGACUUGAAGAAGGAAAAAGAGAAGGAAGACACGCCAACCCGAAAAGACAGGAAGCGGCGUCACAGUGGGUCACCCAGCCCAACGCGGAGUAGCAGCAGACGAGGCCGGUCAUCCUCACCGCGUUCAGAGCGGUCCGAAAGAUCAGAACGCUCCGACCGCUCAUACUCUAAAGACACAUCUUCCCGCACUUCCCAUAAAGACUCCCCGCGAUCCAGCAACAAAAAGUCCUCCAAGAGGUCUCCCUCACCUCGCACACCUAAACGAUCCAGGAGGUCGCGCUCCAGGACACCCAAGAAAUCCGCUAAGAAGUCCCGCUCUAAAUCAAGGUCACCUCACCGGUCUCACAAAAAAUCAAAGAAGAGCAAACACUGACGUCUUUUCCUCCAACCCAGCCGAUUCUCCUCCCUCCCCACUCUUUCCUUUUCCGCGCCGUGUUGUAUAAAAGAUUGACUGACUGAUAAGGCAGCUGAUGAUCACUGCCCAAAAGUUAAUGUAUAGACAAUGAAGAGUGGAGGGUGCUGCAUGGGUUUGCCAUCUGGUGUAUCAAAUGGAUGGAGCCAUUGCUGUUUUAUAUUGUACAAAAAAAAUAAUGUGCUUGUGUGUCCUGAUUCCCCCCAUGACCUCCAAAUGGAAUUCAUCCAUGUGGUAGACCACACCCAUACAGAGUGUGAUGACAAUAGUCAUAUUCAUACGGUCAUUUUCUGUUUUUGUAGCUCACAUUAAAAGUAAUUCCUAAUAAAGAAGUGUCAUUUUUA